AACUUUACUGUCGCCACUGGAAAAUGAAUAAAGCUGAGGGGAAGGUUCGAUAUGUCGAUGGGUCACAUUUAAAUAUUCGAUACACGGCGGUAUCCCAUUGUAGAAACUAUAGGGGUUUUGAAAGAUUACGUAUUGAUGUCAGUGAUUUGUGUGCGAGCCCUUAUUAUUUCGAGAUUCUGACCACAUUUGGAUGGCGUUUAUUUUUUCCAGAAUCAAUCGGGCUGUUUAGGUUUACAUAUACAUAACCAAAUGGCACUUGUUUGUUACCGCUUAGCCCAUUUAGUGCGACGCGAAUUCAGGGAAUCUCAUUUUUAUUACGCAGUAAACGGUUUGCAGGUCUUUUGCUACGCAUUUUAAGGUGCAGAACAUUUAUUCGUAAGCCAGCUGCGAUAAAGAUAGUUGACGAACGACCAGUUGAAUGUAGGCUACUGUUUGCUGCGCGCAACUGCAAGUCAUGUAUAACAUUGUUAUCGUUAAAACUCGCCAUCUAGCCGCACAGGGUUAGAUUUUAUUCAACAGGACUGCAGAUAUAAAGGAAAUCGCAGUGGAGCGCCCACCUGGGUUGGCUGGGUCAACAGCAGGAUCAAUGUUUGGUCAAAUCCCUGUAAGGCUGAUUACAGGAUUCCCCCUUCCACCAUCUCCACCCACAACCCUCUCUGAGCUCAAAGGAAAGGAUGAUGUGCAUCUACAAAAUGGGGUUUAAAAUCCAAAAUAAUUGAUUGAAUGAAUAAAUAAAUAUAGAAUCAUUUCAUACCCACAUGAAGAAGACAAUAAUAAUAAUAAUAAUAAUAAUAAUAAUAAUAAUUGUUGUUGUUGUUGUUGUUGUUAACUGCUACAUCAAUACCAAAAAUGAAAAAAAAAAAAAAAAAAAUUGCAGUUAUCAAAUAAGAAAUGAUAGUAUUCUUAAUGACCUUAUGCAAAGGAUAUUUAAAAAUCCUGUGUUGGUCCAAAAAAAAAAAAAAAAAAAAAAGUAUGGUCUUAAACAGCCAUUACUGAAUUCAGUUGCCUGUAAAAUUACUCUGCAUUUGUCCAUAGGGUGGAUGAAUAUGGGUAACUGAUUUAAUUGGACUGAGCUUAAAUGCUAAACCUGUUGAACCUGAAUGAAUGUGAUAACAGAUGAUUUACAGCACUGCAGAAAAAUAAAAGGUCACAAUACUUCAGGGAAAAUGAAAUGUCUGCAUAAACUAUCAGUCUCAAGAGCAGAGCAAAAAUGACUUCAGAACUUGUUUAGGGUGGAUUUCACCCAUAUUAAUUUCUGAAAUUGUUGCAGACAUCUUGUGCAGUGUAAGCAAGGCUUGGAAUUACAACUGAGGGUUCUGUCUGAAAAUGCUUGUGCUGUAAAACAGACCUCUGAAUAUUCUCAGCGCUGUGUGAGAUUGAUACACUGGCUGAAUGUGGCUGGUUCGUUUAAAUUGUCAAGGUGUACUAGCAUUCACCAGGGAGGCAGUCCAUAGUGAGCAUAUGUUCAGUUCAUUGCUUCUCCACAGCGUGUAACCAACUGAUGUCUUUGAAACAGACUGUAUAUUUAAUGUUUUCAUCCACAUGUUUUCCGGCGCUUACACUUGAGUUCAGAGCUAUUAUAAUAACCUUUUGUUCGUGAGGCACUCUGAAUAGUUCUAAAUCAACAGCCCUUAAAUAGUUUGCUGAGUGUUUGUAGACUCUUAUCAGGAUGAGAUGAAGUGCUUAUGCUCUUGGGGUGUUUGAAGAGUCUCUUAUGUAAAGUGUGUUGCUGUGUUUUACAUUUUUUAAUAUUAUUUUUAUGAUUUCCUAUCCCUAUUCAUGUAUGAAUCUGUGUCAAUUUGUUGUGGCUGUUGAGGGAGUGAGGAAAAAAAAAGACAAUUGUUUCUACAACCUGUCAAUGGUGGCCUGAAAAAAGUAAGCAAGCAAGUGAACCUCCCCCUUUACACGUUUCAACAAAAUGUUCUCACUUCCCUGUGAACCACCCUACAAAGGCAAAAUGCAAUAACUGUCAAUGCUGGAACUGAGGAAAUAGCUUGAAAUUUUUUUGAUUGAUUUUUUUUUAAUACCCCGUUUCCCUGAAUCUGAGGAGAGUUCAGCCAAAUCUGUCUGUUAGAGGACAGAUCAUAGACCCAAUUUCGGUCAUAACCCACUUUUUAACAAAAUGUGUAGUUAUUGUGCUUUGUCUUUGUAGGGCAGUGCAGUGUCAGUGGAUUUCUAUUCAGUUUGAAUUGUGUGGUUACAAAUAAUUACAUGCGCUAGCCAAUGAUUUGCAGCAGCAUACUUAAAUCCCUUAAGGUUUAUAAAUUCUCAAAUGAAGAAAAAAAACAUAAUGCACAAAAAGCUGCAAAAUGGAAUUUUCUCCACUAGGACAUAACGAAUGGGCCAACAUAUAACCGUUAUGAGUAUUUUCACACAUCUAUAGCAGUAGAUCCAAUGUUCCAGUCUUACCACAUUACUAGGGUCCACUUUCCCACUGCCAUGAGUGCAAGUUAUUGCCUGGGCCUUCGGAGGCUGUGCUUUAUGCCACGGUCCCUAAUCAUGUUUUUACCCUAUACACUAUCAGCACAGCUAAAUCGACAAGAGGCUGCCCUGCAAAUGCAAAAAGAGGACACAUCAAUACCUGGGCAAUUAGUGCAUCAAUACACUGCACUCCCAAUCUUAACAGAUACGGAGGAAUUGGAUUUCUGAUUGGAUUUCUAUGCAUUCUUGUGUUUAGCUAUUUUGUAUAACACUUAUUUACUUUCCUUUGGAUCAUGGUCGCUUGCAAAUCCUGUAUUGAUUCUGGUUUGACUUAUGCUCCAUUCUAGAUGUUACAUGGAUGUUUUGCAUAUAAACAUACAGGGUCUUUAAAGACCGCAGCAUUAAGUGCCACAGCUCAAUAGACUGUCCACUGUCCUUUAAAGGCGCAACAUCUUCUCACUUAGAAAAUAAUUAAACUCCAAAACCAUUCGGUGCUUAAAAAGGAGAGAAACCUGGAUCCAGGGGAAUACAGAUCAAAGCAGAUGCUAAAAUAGAGGAUAGUGAUUAAUGAGGAGGCCUAGCAGGUUGAAAAUCAAACAUGAGCAUUACAGUGUGUAAAUUAGCCUGAAACUUCUGAGCCUUGAUAGGACAGAUAUUUUUCAUCUGUCUUGAGUAAAUCUGUACUUUGAGAUAAGGGCUGGCCUCCAGGUGCUCUGUGACCUGGGAGUGCAGCGUCUUAAUAUACCGGUGUUUCACAGAGGGGAAUCUUUCAGCCUACAUUCUGUGAUGCUGAAUGGUUCCUUUGCUGUGUUAGCAGUCUUCUUCGUACCUUUUGUCUCAUCAGCACUUUGCAUUGAGAAACUGCCUAUUUUAUGUUAUGGGCCAAUCAGAUGAGUGUAACCUUCAUUAAAUUGAAGUCAUCCAAAAUAAUAGCCCCAUCACUGGCUGUGAAUAUGUAUAGGAUUAAGGGUAUGUUGAGGAAAUGCAUUAUAAACUGCAUAUAAGAUGGUUUAAUUUAUGUUGUAAAUAGUACAAAGCUUGCUGAGCUGUUGUUUUGAGCCUAACAGUAACCCAUACCUUCUUAUUAAAAAGCCCAUUAAGAAGUGUCUUAUUACGUGUUCUAAAUCAUUAAUUUUCAAAAGCAGCUUAGCUUGGACAGGCACUCAAAAGGGUGCUAAUUAACAUUUUCCUGUGUGGUAUUAAUAGGGAUGAUUUAACUUCCAGAUUUAAGCAAAGAAGCAUUGUUGUAGCAGUUAUGCUACUAAAUCAUUGGCUGAAGUUGAAAACAUUAACAUGGUUUCGAACACCUUUGUGAACGACAUUUUUACAUUUUCUUUUCCAUUCUUUACAUACAAGUAAUUGUCUGCUCAAAAAUGAGGAUGAUAAAUAAUGUAAGAUAAUGAGAGAGGAGGCUUUUAGUGGUGUCGGGGGAAGAGGCAUUUUCCUGGAGAGCUUUUACAACUCUUAGCCUUGGUGCUCACAAUGUGUACACAAAACAGUGUGUGUGAAUUCUGUUUCACCCGUGCCUAGUCCAUCAACAGUAAAACUGAGGUGUUACCUCUCUGAGGGCCCAUGGAUCUCCCUGUGGUGUUGUUUCUGCUGUGGGGACUGUUACUGGACUUGCUGAGUGGUGCGGUGGGAGGCAUUCUAUACCGCGUACAUGAGGAACAGCCUCCAAGCACACUGAUUGGCAGCCUGGCGGCUGACCAGGGGCUACCAGACACUGGACACCUGUACAAACUGGAGGUGGGCGCUCCCUAUCUGCGGGUGGAUGGCAAAACUGGAGAUAUCUUUACCACUGAGAUCCCCAUAGACAGAGAGACACUGAAGGAUUGUCGUAAUAAAGGCAAGCCCUGCUUCCUGGAGUUUGAGGUGUCCGUCACAGACCUUAUUCAAAAUCAGAGUCCACGGCUGAUAGAGGGAAGGAUCGAGGUGCAGGAUAUCAAUGAUAAUACACCACAAUUCCCCUCACCUGUCCUUACCCUCUCAGUUCCAGAGAACACCCACAUGGGGUCACUCUUUUCAAUUCCACUGGCCACUGACAAAGAUACAGAGAGGAAUGGAGUAGCUGACUACACCUUAACGGCAGGACCAGAGGCUGUAGCACUCUUUGGUCUGCAAGUUGCAGAGGACCGAGGUGAAAAAUUGCCUCAACUCAUUGUGUUGGGAAGUCUUGAUCGAGAGCUGAAAGACUCCUAUGACCUCACCAUCAAAGCUGUGGAUGGAGGCAAUCCACCUCGCUACAGCAGUGCCUUGCUGAGGGUUGUCAUUGCUGAUGCCAACGACAAUGCACCCACGUUUGAAAAAUCCUCCUACGAAGCAGAGGUUGCAGAGAACAGCCCAAUCGGACACUCUGUGUUACAGGUGAAGGCUAAUGAUUCAGACAUGGGUCCUAAUGGCGAGAUUGAAUACACAUUACAUCAGGCCAUUGAUCCUGUGCCAAAACUGCUCCGGAUAGACCGCUCAUCAGGCAUCAUAUAUGUCAAAGGCCCAUUGGAUCGUGAGGAGAUCAACAAUUUGAAAUUUUAUGUUGUUGCGCGAGAUAAAGGCCCCUCACCGAAAAGUUCUAAAACAUAUGUUUCUAUUGAUGUGACGGACCAGAAUGACAAUGCACCAGCAGUGGAGAUUCGAGGCAUUGGUCUUGUGACCCAUAGUGAUGGGGUAGCAAACAUUUCAGAGGACAUGCCAGUUGGCACUGCAGUGGCAUUGGUACAGGUUUCAGACAAGGACGAGGGAGAGAAUGCUGUGGUGACCUGUGUGGUUGCAGGUGAUGUUCCUUUCCAGCUUCGGCCAGCCAGUGAUUCAUCAGUUGACAACAAGAGAAAGUACUUUCUGCAGACCACAACACCUCUGGACUAUGAAAGAGUUAGGGACUACCGGGUGGAGAUAGUGGCAGUGGAUUCAGGCAAUCCAGCUCUGUCCAGCACUAACUCGCUGAAAGUCCAAGUGACUGACACAAAUGACAAUUCCCCCAUUUUCUCACCAACCCUGUUUGAAGUAGAGUUUGCUGAGGAGAACCAACCAGGAGAAAAGGUGGUAGAUGUAGUCGCCUCAGAUGCAGACAGUGGCACUAAUGCAGAGCUUGUCUACAGCAUUAUUGCGGACUCUUCAACAAGGGGGCUUUUUGAGAUUGACCCCAGCUCAGGCGAAGUACGUGCUCGAAGCCCUCUUGAUCGUGAGCACAAGGAGCGCUAUGAGUUCCGUGUUACUGCAGCUGAUAAAGGGGUUCCCAGCCACAGGGGUACUGCCACAGUUGUAAUCAAAGUACUUGAUCGGAAUGACAACGAUCCUAAGUUCAUGCUGAGUGGCUACAGCUUCUCAGUCUUGGAGAACAUGCCACCUCUUAGCCCUGUUGGCAUGGUAACAGUACAGGACAUGGACGAGGGCGAGAAUGCUCAAGUGCAACUUUCUGUGGAACCGGAUGUGGGCAAAUUUGUGAUCCAGAAUGGUACUGGCACUAUUCUGUCCAGUAUCUCAUUUGACAGAGAGAAGGAGAGCAGUUACACAUUCCGGUUGAAAGCUGUAGAUGGAGGGGACCCACCCAGGUCAUCCUACGUUGGAGUGACCAUCAAUGUCCUCGAUGAGAAUGAUAAUGCACCUGUUGUCACCAAACCAUCCAACUCAUCCUUUAUGCGUCUGUCUCCCAUGGCUGCUCCAGACAGUGUUGUGGAAGUGGUUGAAGCAGAGGACAUUGAUUCUGGUUCCAAUGCUGAACUUGUAUACAGCAUUGCUGGGGGAAAUCCACAUGACCUUUUUUACAUCUCUCCAUCUAAUGGCGAGAUCACACUAACCAAGGAACUAACUCGAAAACAUAGUGGUCUGCAUCGACUGGUGGUAAAAGUGAGUGACAGGGGCAAACCAUCCCGCCAUGCUAUUGCCUUGGUACACAUUUACGUAAAUGAAACCAUUGCUAAUGUAAGUCAUGUGGAAGCACUUGUGGGGCAUAGCUUGUACACCCCGCUGGAUAUGGACAUUGCAGGAGACCCAGAUUAUGGUCUGGCUGCCCAGAGGAGCAACAUUGUAUAUGGCAGUUUAGCUGGAGUGGCGGGAGUGGUCACUGUGAUUGUUGUGGUGGUCUUCAUCAGGCAUCGCCUUCAAAGAGAAGCUAAGAGUGGUUAUCAGGCUGGCAAGAAGGAGACCAAAGAUUUGUAUGCCCCCAAGCAAGGGCCAAAAAGUGGCAAGGGGAGAAAGGGUAAAAAAGGUAAGCCACCAAAGUCACCUAAACCUCUUGGAGAGGAUGAGGAAGUCAGCCUUCAAAAGAGUCUGAAAUUUAACCUUGAUGGGGUCAACGACAGCCCCAGGAUCCAUUUGCCUCUGACAUAUCCGCCUGGAAGCCCUGACCUAGGCAGGCACUACCGUUCCAAUUCCCCAUUGCCCUCCAUCCAGCUCCAGGCCCAGUCCCCAUCUGCCUCCCAAAAGCAUCAGGCUGUCCAGGAGCUCCCUGCUGCCAACACCUUUGUGGGAACAGGCGGUGAUGACAACUCCACCGGCUCAGACCAGUACUCGGAUUACAGUUACAAGACCAAUCAACCAAAAUACAGCACAAAAACGCUCCCGCAUCGCAGAGUGACGUUCUCCACAGCCAAUCCCAUGCAAGAUCAGCAGGACUCCUCUCAGCAAAGUUACUAUGACAGUGGCUUGGAGGAGUCCGAGACCCCCAGCAGCAAGAGCUCUUCAGGACCCCGUAUCGGCCCCCUCGCCCUGCCCGAGGACCACUACGAACGGACCACCCCUGAUGGCAGCAUCGGAGAGAUGGAACACCCAGAAACUGAUAUUCGCUCAUUGCCUGAUGUUGCCAUGACGGGAAACUGCAGCCAGGAGUGCAGCGAGCUUGGUCAUUCAGAUGCCUGUUGGAUGCCCGGUCAGCCUUCUCCCGUCCGCAAGACCCGCAACCCCCCUAAACUAUCCACGUUUGUGCCUUAUCAGGAGAGGGGGAGCCUGGGACGCCUGGCCAAUGGGAGCGUGAGGCUGGGAGGAGAUGAGAACAGGCCACGCCUCCCACCUUCCCGUAGUGCCUACUCCAGUAGUGACCACAACCCCAGUGACCACGCCCCACUAGAGGAGGUGCCUCUAAGCGUGACAUCAGAGUUCCCGCCUACCAGCCCCCCCUCCAAUCACGCCUCAAAAAGAGAGAUAUACCUGUGAGAUAACCACACCCACCAUCUUUGAUUGACACACAUCAGAAGUUACAGAGACACGGUUGCGAAAAGAGAACAUCGAAUCUGCGACGAGAUAAAAUAUCAUUUGAAUAGUGGAAAAAUACACUAUUGUCAUCAGAGUAGAUUUAUUUAUUUUAUUUAUUUAUUCAUUCAUUCAUUCAUACAUCUAUUUAUUAUCACUUUUAACACGUUAUUUCUUUGAAACAAUUUGUAUACCAUCAAAAACAACCGAUAAAUACUUUCAUGUGACUAACCGACUUUUAGCUUCGCUAGCCUACAGAAUGUUCAUGGGUUCUUUUACUAGAUUACCAAGUGCUGUAGUGGACAGGAGAUACUGCUGUAAAAGGGUCUUGAGCCACACACAGAGUGUCUAACACUCUUAACUUGAUCCUGUCCUCAGAGGAGAGCAGUCUUUAUACAUGUAAAACGCUGUAAAUACAUUUGUAUGGUGUAUAUAUGAAUAUUACUAUCCGGCUAGAGUUGAAAAAUAGUAAAAAAAAAAAAAGGUCAAAAGUUACAUCUAAAUCAGCCUGAACACCUGAAGUGUGUGUUGGUACUGCUGCUUUUGAGGGUCUGAACGUUUGUAAUGGCCAGAUGGGAACGUAACUAGACUAGCUGGAGUGGAGGGGGAAGAUUUCCUGAAGGUGACCCUCGCUGUGCCCGUCUAGGGCCCAGAUCCUCACCUGCUGUCCAUGUGCACACUGAAACCGGUGUAUAGUUUGUGUGUAGGUGUGCGUUUGGCGAGGGAGGGCGGUGGGUUUAACAGCGAUUAACUUGCUAUGACAGACCUUAACAUAUGCCGGUGUGUGCGUUCGUACGUCAGGGGACCUACUGUCACGAAAAGUAACACAUGUGGCUUCUGGCACAUUAACACGCUAUUCAACAGAUGAGAAUGUGCGUGCAUACUUUUGUGUCAUGUGGCAGAACUUGUGUUUUUUGGCACUGUGAAUCUCUCCUGAACUCCCACGGUGUAGUGCAAACGCUGCCUGGCACUCGCAAAGACGCCUACGGCUCACACAGCACAGCCUCAGUGAGGAGGAGACCACCUGCCUCCCCUCAAAUUAUCAGUAUAGUUUCGUCCACAGAUACGCCUCAUCUCCAUUUAAUUUUUUUGCCACAAUCAUAUUCACAGUCCUGUUUUCUUGGUUUACAUCGUUUUUACGGUUUUAAAUGAAAUCUUUGUGUCCUAUUUAGACUUUGUUUGAAGAACAAAUGUAUUAAUGCCUUAAAACAGUUGUAUAUAACAAUCACAAUGGACAAAUUAGACUGAUAAUCCUGUCUUGUCUUUCGCAUGUCAAUUGUGCAUGUUUUUCUUUUCCACAAUCAAAAAAUGACAAAUGUUACAAACGAUCACAUCACCAUAUUUUGCCUAUUUUCCGCCACUUUUUUACAUAAAUGUUCUGUCCUCCAUCAAUAUUUCUUCGGGUUGGUUGCUUUUUCUUUGACACUGUGCUGACUAUCUAACCUUCUCUAAAGCUGUGUCUCCCUCCAUGUUUGAGAGAAUCUCUGGGGGACCAUUUUGACAAUGACUAUCUAGUGUGCUCAAGGACCAUAUAUCUGAUGGACAUUAUCAUUACUACUGCAUCACCUCGAUAUCUCUACUUUUUCCGCACCUGCUGCAGCACAGUACCUGCCCAGAUCCCGGUGCUUGGGCGAGCGCGUGUGUCUGCCGGGGGGUUGACGAGGUGUACUGCAAUGGGCAUUUCCUUAAUUAGGGUGAGUAAUGAGUGUGGUGCAGUUGGCAUAUGCGAAUACUCCAGCCCCCAAAGGAAGCACAGAUCACGGAAAAGAUCCCAGUCCAAACGCUUCAAUUGUUUAGCGAGUCGCAUUUUUCACUGCACUUACCUCAUCGCGACUGCCUUCAGCACCUCUCGCCGAAUAAUUAAGGCUGAAACGUAUGGAAAUUACUGGACGUAGCCAUGAUUAAAGAAGGCGAAUGAUUAUCCCACCCUAAGGAAAGAAAGCACAUUAUGCUGUUUUCGAAGCCAUUUAGUGACUCUGAUAGGGGGGGAAAAAAUCCAGCGAGAGUCAUGAUCUAGUGUAAUUAGCCCAGCUCGCUUUCCCUCCUCUCCACUGCAACCACGCUCUGCCCAGGCGAACGUGUGAGAUCGCUGACCUGGACUUAACACGGCUAAAAGAUAGAGAUGACCACAAAACUCUACCACCACUUAAAGGCUUUCAUCUAUUCAAACUCUGAGUGAAGCAGGCUUUGACCUUCCUCCACUCUGAUGCCAGUCUGAGUCAGAUAGUCUGAAUUGCAGGUUUCGACUCCUCUGGCUUCAUCUCAGCUGUUUUAUUCCUAGUAAUUCUAAGGCUAGUCUCCUAGAGUCCUUGUGGCCAAAAUGCCAGAGGACUGACGGAGGAAUGUCCACUUCUCGUGGUUGUUUUUUAAACUGGUGUUUAGAUUUGUGCUCUUUCGCUGUUAGAUGUCUGGAUGUGACGAGACGACCGUAACGAACGAGGGAGUCUUUUCUUCGUCCUUAGAGCGAGACUUUUCUUCAUAGAAUAACGAAAACUGGUGUUUGUGGAAAACAUCUCUUAAAAUGCGUUCUGUACAUAGCUCUCCACAUCCCCCGUGCGUGGUGUCAAGCAGGCGACGAGUUGAGCAUGAAUUCCAAAGAUAAUUGGUAGAAACCGUUUACUGUUCUUGCUGAAAUGUUAGUGCCGGUUCAAAAACCUUUUCUUGAGAACAAAAGCGACGUUCACUGCACAAAACUCAUCUUCACCGUUCACCCCAAACUGAAGACAGCUGCCUUGAAAGUAUGUCUUUUGCAGGAGAGUUCAAAACUUGUUAUCCUUAAUUGUUGGUUAUAUUUAUAUAGGAAUAAAAAUGCUUGUGAUGAUCUGUUUUUGUACAGUUUUAUGUACAUGCAAGUGAAGCUUUUUAAAUCUUACAACAAAAGCCGAUGGCAUAUAAAAAUCGUAAAGUGUUUAUUGAGAUGUGCACAUCUUGCCUUGGAUGGAUCGAUCUUUUUUGCAGAGUCAGUGUGAAUGUGGCCGUCGUAUGCCUGCACCGUAGUCAUUCACUGGCUCCUGUCACAGAGGGCUUUAUCAGAUUUUAUGUUUAUUGUGAACAGUGGAUUGUCCGAUCCGACUUGUUUGUUUGAUUCCCAUGUGUUUUGUUUCGUUCUGUUUCCGCAUGUUGAAAACAAACCCCUUGUAAUAAGUCCUUGCAAAGUUUGUAAUAAAAUGAGUGAAGAAAAAAAAACAACAAAGAAAUACAUUUGCUUGGUGAGUCAUUGUUUAAGAAUGAAUCUAGGGACUGUGAUCUCUCCAUAAAGCUUUUUCAUUAAUAAAGCAAAUUGAUCUGACAAAGAUAUAA